AUGGCGACGAAUUCUGAAAGCUUAAGUGCCGCCGAACGAUACGAGCUGAUCACUCGAAACUUGGGCGAAGUCUUGGGAUCGCAAGAUUUGCUCAAGCUGUGUCAGGAGGAAGGGCGAAUCAUCACUUGUUACUGGGGUACGAAACCCGUUCGCUCUCCGUGUUUAGUGACCAUCUUCCCUUCAAACAGAACGCGACUAACAAAAACAGCACACAUCGGUUACUUCGUACCCUUGACCAAGAUUGCAGACUUUCUCCGGGCUGGGGUUCGGGUCAAAGUUUUGCUAGCCGAUGUUCAUGCGUUUUUAGAUAAUCUGAAGGCGCCCUUGGAACUCAUCAACCAGCGAGUUUCGUACUACUCUCACAUCCUGCGGGCGGUGUUCACCUCGAUUGGGGUGCCGAUCGACCGACUCGAGUUCAUCACUGGAUCCUCGUACCAGUACUCGACACCCUACAACAAAGACUGUCUGAAACUGGCGUCCCUGGUAUCUGAAAGGGACGCCCGGAAAGCGGGAAGCGAAGUGGUCAAAGAAUCCGACGCCCCGCCGCUCUCCGGUCUCCUGUACCCGCUCCUCCAGGCACUAGACGAAGAAUACCUCGGCGUCGACUUCCAAUUUGGCGGGAUCGACCAGCGCAAAAUCUUUACCUUCGCCGAGCUUUAUUUGCCCCGAUUAGGCUAUGCUAAACGGAUCCAUCUCAUGAAUACCAUGGUCCCUGGAUUGACUGGGACCAAGAUGUCGUCCUCUGAUGCGAAAUCGAAGAUCGAUUUCCUCGAUUCGCCUGAAGAAGUCAAGAAGAAGAUCAAGGAUGCAGUUUGUGUGCCCGGUGAAAUCAACGGGAAUGGGAUCCUCGCUUUCAUAGAAUCAGUUCUGCUUCCCAUUGCCGAUCUGAAAAGAAGCAUGAACGCAGACCAUAAAAGCCCAUUUGUGCCCGGUGAAGCGCCUGAAGGGACGUUAUUCUCGGUAGUCCGGAAACGAGAAAAAGAUGUACUGCACUAUUCAACCUACGCAGACAUCGUGCGAGACUACCAGACCGAAGAACCGGUCGGCUCCGGAAGCUUCAAGCUAUUCCCUUCAGACUUAAAGCUCGCAGUAACCGCUGCGAUCCUCUCACUGCUCGCACCCAUCCGCGAAGCCUACGACAAAGACCCGCUGUUCCAGGAUGCCAACCGACUCGCAUACCCCGACGACUUCGCAAAUUCUGCCGGCGACGGAAAGAAGAAGAAGGAGAAGAAAUAUACCCCCAAGCCCGAUUGGGUGCUCGAAAAGGAACGCCAGGAUAAACAGAUCUCGAUGAAGGAGGUCGGUCAAGCUAAUGCUGAUGCGGCUGACCCCAAACCAACUCCCCCAUCAUCCUGA